UAUGAACACGGAGCCUCUGAAGAACUGUUGACGGUACACGGACACCCCGUCAUCGGCGGUGUGUCUGCGGAUUGCAGCUCAUCUUCGUCCACAGACUAAGUGAGUAUGGGGGAUUUGAUGGUGUCACGACGCGCAGGCCUCUCUCCCACUGUCACGCCACAUGAUGUUUCCUCGUCUUCAUCAUUUUCACGGGCAUGAUGCUCGGGGCUUCACAGAUUCAGCUCCAUCACCUCGAACAGGCGACACAUCACAUCUGCAGGUAGGACCGCUAAGAGGUUUGGACAGAAGGACGUCACGCACAACCAGGAGUCACGGAAUAAAGGGAGUUCACAGACGAUUGAAACAACUGGAGAAAGAUCCAUGAUUAAAAGAAAGUGAGAAGAAGAAGAAGAUGAAGAGUUAAGAGUUAAGAUGGGGUGCGGUCAGGUUACUUUGCUCCUGGGCUCUACAGUUCCCUCCGUCAGAUGCCGGUCAAAGCAGGAGUCUCCUCGCUAACACUCGAGCAGCUUGUUUCACCCGCUGGAGGAAUCCCCCGCUCGGUGAUGUGAUGAAUAAGUUUGAGGUCCUUGGCAUUGUGGGAGAAGGAGCGUAUGGAGUGGUGCUUAAGUGCAGACACAAGGAAACCAAUGAGCUGGUGGCCAUCAAGAAGUUCAAAGACAGCGAAGAAAAUGAGGAGGUCAAGGAGACGACUCUUCGGGAGCUGAAGAUGCUUCGGACUCUGAAGCAGGACAACAUCGUGGAGCUGAAGGAGGCGUUUCGCAGGAGGGGGAAACUCUACCUGGUCUUUGAAUAUGUGGAGAGGAACAUGCUGGAGCUCCUGGAGGAACUGCCCAACGGUGCAGCGCCCGACAAAGUCCGCAGCUACAUCUACCAGCUCAUCAAAGCCAUCAACUGGUGUCACAAGAACGAGAUUGUACACAGAGAUAUCAAACCUGAGAACCUCCUCAUCAGCUCUGAGGACGUCCUCAAGCUCUGUGACUUUGGUUUUGCUCGUAACCUGUCGGAGGGAACUGACGCCAACUACACAGAGUAUGUGGCCACAAGGUGGUACCGCUCACCUGAGCUGCUGCUGGGGGCUCCCUAUGGAAAAGCCGUGGACAUGUGGUCGGUGGGGUGUAUCCUCGGGGAGCUGAGCGACGGACAGCCCUUGUUCCCGGGGGAAAGUGAGAUUGAUCAGCUCUUCACCAUUCAGAAGGUUUUGGGUUCACUCCCUGCCGAGCAAAUGAAACUCUUCUACAACAACCCUCGGUUUCAUGGAAUCAGGUUUCCCUCAGUUACUCAUCCUCAGACUCUGGAGAGAAGGUACCAAGGCAUCUUGAGUCUUCUGAUGUUGGAUCUGAUGAAGAACCUGCUGCUGCUGAACCCCACCGAGCGUUUUCUGACGGAGCAGAGCUUGAACCAUCCGGCCUUCCAGCCUCUGAGAGAGAGAGAGAGGCCUCCUCCUGCAUCUCCCAACCCGCCGCGCUCCUCCAAGAGGAAAACACACCAUCAUGGAGAGAACACAGUUCCUACCAGGAGUCACACUAAGAGCUCAAGCCGUCGCUCCAACAGUAAAGAGUGCUCCAGCCUCCCUCGCCACGGGGACCUCCAUCACCUCGGCAAUGAGAGCUUCCUGAAUGGCAACAAACCGGCCCCGUCCAGUUUGAGUCCAGUGCUCCACCCCAAGGGCCAGUACAUGUCCCAGACCCUCAAUCGCUCUGCCUCAUCCAACAAAGACCUGGCUAACAACAACCUGCCACACCUCCUCAGUCCCAAAGAGGUCAAAGGAAAGACUGAGUUUGAUUUCAGCAUGGGACCCUCCACAAAGCUGCCGGACCAGGGGCACGGGGGAAAGUACGGCCACAGCAAACCCAGCACGUCUCGCUCUCAGCAGCAGCAGCAGCAGCAGCAGCAGCAGCAGCAGCAGCAGCAGCAGGUCGGGCGCCACACCUUCCUGGAAGGCAAGACAAACACACUGCAGUCUGGAGCGGAGAAACAACAUGGCCGACACAGCCACAGUAUGGCCGACUCUGCCCACGGCUCCAUGUCCUCCUCGUCUAAAAGCUCGGCCUCUUAUCUCAGCCUGUCCAAGAGCCACAGCGCGCUGAGCGAUGCCAAAUCGGUCGGGAACCUCAGCGACGGUCGGCUCCACCCGGACGACCCAAACUCCAACACAGCAGCAGGGGUGGGACCCAGCGCCCGCUUCUUCCCUGCCAGCUGCUUAGACCUCAAUGCGCCUUCGGGCCCUCAGGGGCCCCCCGGCAGCCCCUCCACGCGACACAGUGAUCGAUCCGGACACAGCCCCGCUUCUCGUAGCAGCGGCAAUGUCCGCAUGGAGAGCAGCACACUGGACUCGUCCUCCAGACACAAGUCCAGACAUAAGCCUCUAACACCAGAGGAUAUCGGCGCUCCGGAGCUCUUAGACCCGGGAGGAGCGGGGAUGCCCUCCACUCACACUCUGCCUUCCCCACACGAGUCUUAUCACUACGGCCUGGGCUACACCUCCCCCUUCUCCUCUCAGCAGCGCCCCCAACGCCACUCCAUGUACGUGAGGAGGGAGCGCCAGCGGCCCCACGGCGUGGAGGGUGGGAUGGCGGGCUUGCCUCCGCCGGGGCAGGUGAUACCAACCAGAGCCAGCAGCCUGCAGCUCCUCUCCCCGCAGCUGCAGCACCGCACCACCCUCACCGGACACUCAGUGAGCUCAUCGAGAGAGGACUGCACCGAUGACAUGACCAGGAGUGAGCCGUCCCCUAAAGACAUGAGCCACCCUUGUGCCCCCAUCAAAGACUCUGCGAGGGACAACGCGGCUGCUUUUCACCAGCAGCGCUCUAAAAACGAGGUGGGUAUGUACCACGACCCUCAUGGGGAAGAUGGAGGUUCUUCCAAGGAGAACCGGAUGAUCUUCACUGAGUCUAUGCCGAGGAGAGUCGGCAGCUUCUACCGAGUUCCUUCCCCACGACCAGACAACUCCUCCUCUUUCCACGACGGCGUCGUCCAGAGUCGAGGGCCGGUCGUCCCCGUUGCACCCGGAGACCCUGUCCUCAUGGGAAACCACUCCAAACGCCAGACGGCUUUUGACUGGAGCGCCGCGGAGGCGAUGGUCAUGAACCCUCCGGAGCCCGUCAAAGAGAAGGAGAAACAAGGCUUCUUCAGAGCCAUUAAGAAGAAGAAGAAGAAGACACAAAUAACGGACAUGGAGGACGGGAGGAACCCCAGCAUCAGGAAAAGUCUCUUCCCCCUCUUUAGCUCUAAGAAUAGCUUAAAGCACAACUCAGCUGUCAAAGUCCUCCCUGUAGUCGCCUCGCCCAUGGUACAACACCAGCCUACCGCGCCCUACCCUGCCUCACCAGUCGUGGGCAUCGGACAGGAACACCUGUCGCUGCAGAGGGGCUCCAAGUCCUCCUCUCAUCACGGCAGCCGGCGGAAAAACCGCGAGAGAUCCCGUGACAGGGACCGAGAGCGAGAACAGAGCCGGGACCGAGACCGAGAGAGAGAACGUGAGAGGGAAAGAGAGAGGGAAAGGGAGAGGGAGAGAGGGAGGGAGAGAGAGAGAGUCAGUGACUGGCCACAGGAGAAACCCGUGGACUCACACUCACAGAGCCAACCACUCAAGUCCCUCCGCCGGCUCCUUCACCUCUCCCCCUCCUCCUCAAAUCAAGGACAGCCUCCUCCUCCUCCUCCUCAAGACCUGCGCUUCCAAGCCCCCCUCUCCAACCCGCCUCAGCCCUCCUCCAAAGCGGGCUACCCCGAGGGUCGAGGGCACGUGGAGAGCAGGGGGCACUCCGGGGUGAGCAGCACCUCCCAGUCCAAGAGCCGCAAGCCCAGCUACCCCCUCCCUGGACAGAUCGAGUCCAGCUGGCACGUGUCGGCUCUGCAGCGGGCGGAGGGCGCUCAGUUCACCCCAGAACAGUUGGGCAUCAAACCGGGGCAGAACGGACCCACGUUUACCCGAUCCUCCCGCAACAGGAUGCCAAACCUCAACGACCUGAAGGAGACUGCGCUUUAAAAAAGAAAGGAAACCCUCCCAAACCACACCACCUCCAAUAUAGCUCCAUCCUGAAAGCAUCUGUCAAUGCAGACAUCCUGGUACUGUAGUACAAGUUUACAUGAAGCCUAUUUCACUGGAUCAAGUCCUCAUUGAGAAACACAGUGUCUGGAACCUACACGGACCAGACGCUGACCAGCCAGACACAGACAGCGGGGACGGUUGCGUCCAGGAGACAGGACAGGGCCGCUCCGUCACAGGAAGACAGCCCUGUGUCAGUUGUACGUUAUUGUUUCUCUACUGAACAAGGGAUUCGAACGUAAUAAGCUGAUGUUUCCCGUCAAGGAGAACCUGCUCCUUUGGCCUCUCUGCUGCCAUCUCCUGCUCACAGGACGCUACUACACCUGACAGCCGCCGACCGCACCGCGGCCAAUGAACUCAAGCUCUGUUUUUCAAGCUCCGAUAUUUGAUAAGAACAAAAAAACAAAAGAUUUAUAUCAACAUUAUUUAUUGAAUAUUUAUUUGUUUUGAAUUCAAGGAUAUAAGCUAUAAAUGACACAGUAUGUAGGCUAUAUGGGAAUAUUAUAAGGUAAUAUAGAAUUAAAUGUGUAAUUGCGAGAGCUUUAGUUUCGACACAAAGAAUUGAAUAGAUAUUUAUGUGUUGAUAAUACAAUAUGUCAAAAGGAAUAUUUAAUAAUGGUGAAUGUCCUUUUUCUGUUCAAUUUGAUAUGUUAUUAAGAGAUUUUCAUAAUGUUAUUUUUAUCCUUUUUUUCAUUUUUUUUCAUCAAAAUAUGAAGAAUUACUGAUGAAUACUUUUUGCCCAGAGUGAAAAAAAAAAACACAAAAAAACAUCUAGUUCAAAUCUGCUCAUCAGCCUCAUGACAUCACUUUAUGAGUUGAGUGACACAUCGGGCUAUUUGUCAGAGGGUUCGGUAGCAGAGGAGCCGGAGUGAGACUGUUAGACUCUGAACUUUACACACAGAAACUUUCACAUCACAUGACGUCCCAAUCUCAGUGUCCUUAUCCUUUUAGCUCCGUGCUGCCAUGUUGGUUUCGUCUUCAGCCUUAACAGUAAGUGAGUAAUCACCACACGGCCCCCGCUGAGAAGUUUGUCUCUAAACAGUGUUUUCAGAUUGUGGGAGAGCAUUCUGCAAAAAAACAACCUCACCUACAACCUUUAAGAUCUUCA